UGCUUCAAAACAGUUUGUUGCUCACGUCGGAGAAGCCGCUUCCGUUUCCAACGCCGCAUUCCGGCCCCACCUGCCUGUGCCGGAGCCCCCGUUCGCUCCGCCGCCCUACCCGCCGGAGACACGACCCCGCGUUCCGCCGCCCCACCGAGCCAUGUCCGCCGAGGAUUAUGUAUCUGGGAAUGUUGAGGAUGAUGAUGAAGCAGUGAUUAUUGACCAUGGAGAAAAUGGACUGUCUGCACAAAGCUGCAUGUCAAUGGAACAAAACCCUGAAGUAAACAGUGUUCACCAUGUGGCUCAACUUGCUUAUGGAAGCGAAGGCUUAUCAGUGCUAGCUGAACGAGUGGCAUCACAAAUGAGCCAUUCUGCAAGUAUGCAGAGAGGAAAUAGUCACAGCCCUGAAAAAAUGGAUUAUGUGUUUUCACAUAAUAAAAGAAAACGACUUGCCCCUACUCUUGUGGGACAGAAUGUGAUGAGAACGAGGGAAGGAGAAUAUGAAGACAGUGACAGUGUCAUUUAUGAGUAUGAACCAGACUAUGAAUGUGGGAGUAUUGUAUCUGAAGCUUCCUACACUGAAGCUUCCUACGCUGGAGAUCAGCAGAAAACUCUUAUGGAGGUCCUCAGUUAUUGCCAGGCCAUGUAUGAAGCCAUUCAGAAGUUGGAUAAAAAAUUUGACCUGCUUCAUCGAAAGGUCUCAGAAAUGCAGCAUACUCGUGUAAAGCCACUGUUGCUCAGACCUAAACCAGUUGGAUUUACAUACAGAAGUUCCAGUCAUUUGCCCCAAGGAAAAAUAAGAGUACAAAAAUCCAUGGAAAGGGAAUCAAGUCUUCACCUCUCUUCACCAGGCCAGGGACGGCAUAGCCCAGUCAUAAGGGUUGCUUUACAAAAUGGCCAUGUUCAGGUCAAUUCCACAAUAAAACAUGUUCAACCGAGUCUUCAGCUGGAAUCACAGCAGCCUGUUUGUAGGCAAAGCCCACCGCUCCCCACUAUAGUUUCUACACAUUCAUUGCAUUCAUCAUAUGCAGCAGCUAACAGGAUGCCUGACCUUUCUCCACGAUCAAAUCUUGUAGCCAGCAUUGUGGAAAGUACUGUCAAUGUUGCAUCUUCGUCAGCAGCAUCAUCACUGAUGCCAGCACCAUCUGAGACCAGUUUGGGAAACAGUGCUGUGGGGACGAACUUCAGAAAUGCAUCUGGGAGUGUGAACACAAGUAAAGAAUUGCCAUCUUCUUCAGUUUCCAUCAAUCCUAGCUUUGAGUUUGUUGGGGACCCAGUGAGAAAUGUAAAAGUUCUUGGAAACUAUUUGAUGAAAGCUCGGCAAAAGACUAAACCAAAGUAUGCAGCGCGCUACUUAGUUCGUGUCUUGUUCCCCAAGGAAACGUUGUUGUGCAGCAUUAUGGGAGCGAGUGCACGAGGGCGCAGGACAUUGGAUCCAAACAAAAUUGCUGCAAUAAGAGAAUUUCUUGCAACUAACUUUCCAAACUAUGAUUUGAGUGAGCAUGGAAAAGACUGGAAAACCUGUAUCACGAAUGUCAAUGCUAUGAUCCGCUGUUUACGCUCUGAAACAAAAAUAAACCCAGAGACAGCUGAAGGGAAAGAAAUAGUGGCUGACACUCCAGAUACAUCUCAUUGUGUAGAUUUAAAUGAUAAUGAAGAUGGUGAAGGCAAUUCUCAAAACUCUCAGAAAAUGACCAGCUCCACAACUGACACACCGCAAAAUUCAGGAUUGGAUAAGUUUCCAGAAGCUUUGCACACACCUUCGGUCCAGAAACCACAAUCUUUGGAACCUAUGGAACUUCUUGGAAGUCCAUGGCGCAACGUUCAUUUACCUUUCUCAGUCAUUUAUGUGGCUAAGGGGAAGUCUCGGCCAGAGUUGUCAGCUCGCUACCUAAUUCGUCAUAUGUUCACUGAAGAUGUGCUAGUAAAAAGCAAUGUAUAUGGUAAUCUUGAACGUGGUAUGAGCCCACUGGACUGCAACAGAAUUAAUGCUCUCAGAGACUUUCUUCAAGAGAAUUAUCCAUCCUUUGAUCUAAAGGAAACUGGAUAUGAUUGGAAGGCAUGUGUGGCUGCCAUAAACAGCACAAUCCGCAGUCUCAGACAUGACCAUAAAAAGGCUACAGUUGGAAUCCGACGGAAAGUCAUGGCAGUGCCACCACUGAAUGCAAAGAGUCUUCCACAGAGUCCCACUUCAGUAAAGCCAUUUGAAAAUGAUACUAUCAAUCUCAUGGACUGAAGCUCCAUAAGAUCUGUCUCAAAUCUUAAUUUAGCAGGUUUUUGUAAAUCCCACGUAGAAACCUAUUACAUAGAGUUCUCCUAUUAUUCUGAGUUGUCAGCAGCACUAAAUAGUAUUAUUUCAUGAGACCAAAGUUAGCAGAAGACUUGGGAACCCUAACUACUUGUAUAAGUAGCGCUUGUGUUCCUUGGAAAUUACUUUGACUAUUCCCUGUAGCAUUUGCAAUGUACUCUUCCCUUAAAGCACCUUCUUCUCAUGAUUCAUUGACUCUGAAAGAUUAAUCUGAUUAGAAAAGAUGCAUUGUGCAUCACGUCAGCAGAAGCAGAUAGAAAAGUGGAGAGGAAAGAAUGGUCCUCCUUGGGGGAAGACUCAUAGCCGGCUAAGUUAUCUCAUUAUGUGUGAGGAAUUAAAUUUGCUUUGACAAUGGGGUAUUUUAAGCAAAAAUACCUAAUGCAGAAUGGGAAAAAAAAUGUAUUGCAUCUAGCUAACUUGUUAUAUCUCUCACUUUUUUUGCCUUCUAUAGCAGCCUUUGUUGUAGGAUAAGGAGAGAGGUAGACAACAAUGUACGUACAGUUAGUAGUAUUUUCUUUGCCCUGAUUUAGCUUUACAAAAGCACAAAAGCAUCCCAAACAAACAGUCCAAUGGUUGAUUCUGGUUUUUCUUGAUGAAAAUUAAAGAAAACACUUCUUCAGGGGCUUGGUCUGUUGUUUGGUGGCAUAUAUCUCAUCCAGUGAUGUGGAUGUCCACAAGAUGCAAGUUUGCUGCAACUUUCAUCUGGAGGAUUUGGAUCCUGAUUCAGAUUUCAAAAAUAACAACUUCCGUUGGCUUCAAGUCAUUCAGUUAAAACCGAGGACACGAGCAGUACUGUUGGCACGCAGUCAGAGAUGAAUAGCAUCAGUAGUACGCCUUCUCAAGCUCCUAAUCAUGGCUUUUAAUACUCAGGUCUAUAAGGCUAAGCACGUUUGCUUUGCUGUCUGGGUAGGCUGCUGUUCUAGAGACUUGUCAUUCUGCCUUUGUUAACUUAAAACCUUGAAAGAUGUGCAAUGACUGUUCAGAGUCGCAGAAUGGUUGAGGUUGGAGGGACCUCUGGAGGUCAUCUGAUCCUCUCCCCUUGCUCAAGCAGGGCCACCUAGAGCCAGUUGUCCGCCACCAAGUCCAGACAGCUUUUGAAUAUCUUCAAGGAUGAAUACUCCACAACCUUCCUGUGCAAGGGCUCAGGAACCAUCACAGUGAAAAACUGUUUCCUGAUGUUCAGAGGGAACCUUCAGUGUUUCAGUUUAUGCCCAUUGCCUCUGGUCCUGUCACUGGGCACCAAUUAGAAGAGCCUGGUUCCAUCCUUUGGGCUCUGUCUUCUUUGCAACCUCCCCUCAGGUAUUUAUAUACAUUGAGAUCCCCCUUGAGCCUUCUCUUCUGCAGACUGAACAGUCCCAGGUUUCUCAGCCUGUCCUUACAGGAGAGAUGCUCCAAUCCCUUCAUCACCACCAGCAUUUGCUGGACUCUCCAGUAUGUCUGUGCCUCUGUUGUACUGGGGAGCCCAGAGCUGGACCCAGCACUCCAGGUGUGGCCUCACCAGUGCUGAGGAGAGAAGGAUCACCUCCCUCAGCCUCUUGGCAGUGUACUGCUAAUGCAGCCCAGGGUACCAUUAGCCAUCUUUAUGGCAAGGGUUCACUGCUAGCUCAUGUUCAAAUUACUGUCGACUUGGACAUCCCAGCAUACUCUGUACCCCAUCAUCCAGACCGUUAAUGAAGAUGUUAAACAGGAUCAGACCCAGUAUUGACCCAUGGGGUACUCUGCUAAUUACUGGCCUUCAUGUAGACUUUGUGCUGCUGAUUGCCACACUCUGGGCCUGGCCAUUGGUCCAGGUUCCAAAUGAGCUCACUGUCUGCUCAUGCAACCUGUAUGAGCAUCAUACCAUCAGCAGCUUGUCUGUGAGAAUCUUUUGGGAGACAGUGUGGAAGGCCUCCCUCAUAUCUGGGUAGACAAUAUCCACUGCUCCACUCACCUACGAUGAAAUGACUAGCCUUGUAGAAGUUUAUCAACUUGGUCAACUGUGAUUUUGUCCCCUUUGAUGAAGCCAUGCUGUGGCUACCCCUGGUGGUAUUCUUGUCACUUGUGUGCCUGGACAUGGUUUCCAGGAUAACUGCUCCAUCACCCUCCCAGGGAUGGAGGGGUGGCUGAGUGGCCUGUAGUUCCCUGGGUCUUCCUCUUUGGCCCUCUUCAAGACAGGACUGACAUAUGCUUUUGUCCAGUCUUUGGGCACUUCUCCCACUCGCCUUGAUUGAUCAAAGGUUAUCAAGAGUGGCCUCACAGUGACAUCAGCCAGCUCCCCUAGCACUCAUGGGUGCACCUUGGACUUGCAUAUGUCUAGUUUGCUUAAGGAUUCCCUGACCCUGAUUCUCUUUUACUAGGUGUGUCUUCAUUGCUCCAGCCUUUCUCCCUGGUCUCUGGGACCUGGGAUUCUGGAAGGCCAGUCUUGCUCGUAAAGGCUGAGGCAAAGCAGUCAAGGUGCCUGAUCCUUUUCUGUGUCUUACAUCACCAGGUCCCCCAUCUCAUUCAGCAGUGGGCCCACAUUUUCCCUAGCCUUCCUUUUGUCACCUGUGUACUUACAGAAGCCUUACUUGUUGGUUUUGGCAUCCCUGGCCACAUGCAAUUCCAGCUGGGCUUUAGCUUUCCUAACUUCAUCCCUGGAUGCUCAAACAAUGUCACUGCAUUCCUCCCAGGUUACUUGUUUGUUCUUCCAUCCUCUGUAUGCUUCCUUUUUGUGUUUGAGUUUGUCCACAGGCUCCUUGUUCAUCCACACAGGCUUCCUGGCAUUUUUGCCUUACUUGUUCAUUGAGAUGGAUCCCUCUGGAGCUUGGAUCCUUGAAUUUUAACCAACUUUCUUGGGCCCAUCCUCUCUCCAGUGCCCUAAUCUUAUAGGACUCUUCCUAGCAGAUCUUUGAGGAGUCCGAAGUCUGCUCUCCUGAAGUCCAGGAUUGUGAGCCUGCUUUUUACAGGAUCCUGAACUCCACCAUCUCAUGGUCACUGCAGCUAAGGCUGCUUUUGACCUUCACAUUCUCAACAAGCCCUGUAGGUGAGUAUGAAGUCCAGCAAAGCAUCUCUCCACAGUGGCUCCUCUGUCACUUGGAGGAAGAAAUUACUGUCAAUAAUAAAUAUUCAUGCCCUUGCCUUUCCUUUCUGUCCACACAACACUAAGAUUUAUUAAUGCACUGAAUUCUAUACUAACAAAAAAAAAACCUAAAACCAAACAAACUAAUCUUGAAAAUUACUUGGAUGUUGAACUUAUAAAAAUAAACAACAAUGAAUGACUUUAUAUAUUCAAUUUCACAUCUCCCUCAGUUUCAUUUGUAAGUUGAAAUUCAACAGUAGUAACUGUAGAGAAGAAAAUGUGGGGUGUUUUUUGUGUUGGGUGGGUUCUUCGGGGGUGUGUUUGUCAUGAUUUUUGGUUUGGGGAUUUUUGUUUUGUUUGUUUUCAAAAGAGGAAGCAUUUGGUAUAUGCCUUUCGGUUACUUAUUGUCUUCCAGCAUCAGUCACACAGUCCUCUCACCAUCUGUGUGAGGUUGCCUCGCUGGUGCAUGAACUUGCCUUGCCACUUGCAUUAUGUCUGUGUGUAGUCUUAGAUGUCCAAGUUUUUCACAGCAAGAAGCUUCUCAGAAGACUAACACAGGGAACCAAUUUCACCCCUGAAAGUUGAUGCAACUGUGGCUUCCAAAAUUAUGCCUGUGUAUAUAGCAGAACAAGAUUUAACUAAAUCUGUCCUCUCCAAGGCAAAGGUUUCAUGGUUUGGGGUUUUUUUGUUAGCAAUAGGAUAAAAUAGUGAAGUUACUUGUUCUCACUUUAACUUCUAUUUAUAACAAACAGGCCGUGUUUAUUAUAGACAGUAUAGAAUCAGCUUCUUUUAUUGCAAGUUAGGAUAUGCAAUGGCCUUACAGGUAGGAAAUUAGUAAUUUGUUUCCCUUACAACUUCCUUGCAGAAGUCUUCUAUAGGAUUUAAGAAAUAGGCUGAAUUUCUGAUUUUAUUUUUUUUUUUACUAGAAGUGUUGUACUGCAAAUUUGGUUGUUCUGGUUUACUACUAACAAAUUCUGCUGUUACUGUUGUAUACAAUCGUUCUUGUAAACGCCAAGAACUUUGUUGUGUGUAGAUAUUACUAGUUGCAAACCUCAAAAAAGCCAAAAAUGCUUAUAUUUUUUCAGUAGUUUUAUGAAACUUUUUCACUGUCCUUCACAGAUUUUAAUGGUAGAAUGAUAUAUUUAUUGAAUGACCUGUCUGGCACUGAAAUCUGUUAGUGUGGUGCGUACCUAUUGCUUCCAUACUGAAAAGAGAAUUGAAUUGAAUAAAAGUAGAAAUAGUUUUCUUGUUUCUGUUUCAAAUGUAUCAAGUUUCGCUAACUUUUAUAAAAUAAAAUUACAGUAUUUUGCUGUUAGGAAUAAAGUAUUUUACAAAUAAAACUAGCAUAUAGCUCCUUGACUACA